AUGCAGCUCCCUAUCCCCUUGGUCAGCUUCUUGGGCUUGUCUACAAGUCUACAAAGCUGGAUAGACGGCUUCUCCAACCCGCGGAAAGGCGCUUUGGGUAAUGAUGAGACGUUUGACUAUGUCGUUGUCGGUGGUGGUACUGCUGGAGUGACUCUCGCGGUCCGUCUAGCUGAGCAGAGACUCCGGGUGGCUCUAGUCGAGGCCGGGGAAACAUAUGAACUCAGGUUCCCAAUAGCAGCCAUUCCUGGCGCUGCCAGUAUAGGUGUGGGCUCUGAUAUUGAGUCUACCACGCCAAUUGACUGGAAAUUUGUGGCUAGAAAUGUCACGGGUGCUAAUCACCGUGACAUUCAUUAUCCCAGAGGCAAAUGCCUUGGAGGAUCGUCAGCUCUGAACUUUAUGGCCUACCAAAGACCGACUAGGGAGUCGAUGCAGCUCUGGGCUGAUCUUGUUCAGGAUCAGAGUUACACUUUUGACAACACUCUGCCCUAUUAUCAGAAGACCGUUCAGUUCACACCCCCAGACACGCUGCGACGCGCCGCGAAUGCUACAGCGCAAUAUCAUCCUGAUGCCUUCGCUCGUGAAGGACAACGCCCACUUCACGUAUCUUACCCUGUCUACGCCAUGCCCUUUUCAAGCUGGAUGAAACUUGGAGUGGAAGAGGUGGGUAUAAACGAAACGUUGGAUUUCAACAGCGGAUCAUUGUUCGGUGCUCAGUACGGCAGCUUUACCAUCCGACCGUCUGACGAGACAAGGAGCAGCUCGCAGGCCGCCUUUUUGAGCCCGCUACCUUCAUCAACUUACCUGAAAAUAUAUCAGGGCACAAUGGCAAAGAGGAUGCUAUUCAACCCACAAAAGCAAGCGUCUGGGGUGCAAGUCAGCGAUUUACUGCGAACUUUCACCCUCAACGCGAAGCGAGAGGUGAUCAUAUCGGCAGGUGUAUUCCACACCCCGCAGCUUUUGAUGGUUUCUGGAGUCGGGCCGGCCGAUACUCUUUCAGAACACGGCAUUGAUAUUGUUCAGAAUGCCCCUGGUGUAGGUCAGAAUAUGUGGGACCAUGUUUUUUUCGGACCAACGUACCAGGUAGCUCUCGAGACUUUUACGAGAGUACCAACAGACCUAGGGUAUCUCGCAUCGCAAAUGGCUCAGUAUAUAUUCUCUCAUGGGGGAGUACUCACCAGUCCAGUCAUUGACUACCUUGCAUUUGAGAAGAUCCCAAAUCCCUUUCGUUUGAACUUCUCAGUUCAGACGAUCAGGGACCUUUCGUGGUUUUCAGAUGACUGGCCGGAGAUUGAGUACAUUUCAUCAGCUGCCUACGUGGGAAAUUCCUCGAAUCCUGUUUUCUCGCAACCCUCGGGUGGUAGGCAAUAUGCAACAAUCCUGGGCACCCUUGUUGCGCCAACGUCUCGCGGAAAUGUGACUAUUGCCUCGAAUGAUACCUCAGAUCUGCCUAUAAUCAACCCAAAUUGGCUUUCAACGGAGGCAGAUCAGCAGAUAGCGAUUGCAGCGUAUAAGCGUAUCCGUGAUAUGUUUCACAGCAAGGCCAUGGCGCCGAUUGUUGUGGGAGAUGAGUACUUCCCCGGGAGUCAGUAUCAGACGGACGCAGAAAUCCUCGAGGUUAUUCGCAAUACAGUGAUGACUAUAUAUCAUGCUGCAUGUACUUGCAAGAUGGGAACGGGAGACGAUCCUAUGGCUGUCCUCGAUAGUCAGGCCAGAGUCGUUGGUGUCGAUAGGUUGAGGGUUGUGGAUGCCAGUGCAUUUCCCAUCCUGCCGCCUGGACACCCCCAGGCUACUGUCUAUAUGCUUGCGGAGAAGAUUGCAUCGGACAUCAUCGCCUCAUUAGCCUGAGAUCUCUCAGCAAAAGAUUUCAGGCAUAGCACUAUUUUGCCACAGAACUAGAGAUUAUUUUAAUAAAGUCCGGUAUAUAUAUAUCCAUGAAAUUUUCCUGGUCUGUUCUGUCUUGAGCAGGGAAGAUCUGUGCGAAGCCUUUAUCAACAGGUGUACUCUAAAACUUGCCAAUAUACAUCUGCUGUUCCAUACACAUUGAGCACACAAUGGCAUCAAUUGACCGCCAGACCUCGUUCUAAGGGACAUGAUACGUUGAUUGAUCCACGCAAACUGCCGAUUCCAUCCCUUUGUGACACGGCGACAUCAACAACCAUGAUUCGCGGGCUCGUUAUACCAUCCCGGCGGAGAUAGACUAGAGUAGGAAGUCAUGGGGACGAGUAAUAUGACAGGUUAAGGUCGAUCAGCAACGACCUGAUAAUAAUGACGAGGGUUACGCGCGUUGACAAUGAAGAUCAUGAACCAUUUCUAUCACUCUAAAGAGAGGUAGUCUAGUCAACUCU